AGGCGGCGCGAGAAAGCAGUCAGAUUAAUUCUGAUCUCUUUCGAUUUUCUAUGACUGUUCCAGGAAAGAGAAAAAGAAACUGACGUGCACUGUUCGCCUACGGUGCUGUCAGCACUGCAGCAGCAGUGAGCACAGCACUAUCGGGACCCAUCCGCCGGGAGGGUGGAUCCAGAACCCUGAAUCGCCUGAGUCCUGCAGAACCGUUUUUUGUCCCUCACGAGUCGCUGGUAAGACGAAUAGUUCCCCGCGAACGGACCAAAUCCGACAAAAGCCGCUCUCCAAGCCCAAACCUUCCGUUCUCUUCUUGUCCCUGUGCCAAUUGGCUCUGUCUCCUUUUUUGUCUUUCUGCAUCUAAGUACUACAAACCCCCCCCCCAAUUCUACCCAAGGAGUCGCGACCAUGUCCGACUCGGUACCCCACAGGAAACGCUCGCCUAGUACGAGCUCCAGUGACGCCUCGUCCAAGCGACGCAAAUCCUCAAAACGCUCGGCCUCGAGCAAGCGCAAGGACAACGAACAAGCCAUUCAAGAUGACGAUCUUCCCAACGGAGAGCACCACAUUGGCGCCUUUGAUCGCCGGCGUGAAAGCACAACGCGCACCGCCCGCGAUCCCAGAGACGAGUUCCACCCGCCCAAGAAGAGAAAGGUUCCCAAAGCCGCACGCAAAGAGGCCCAGGCCCCCGUCAACGGCACCGUGGUGACGAGGUCGCCCACGCCUGUCAUUGAUUUCGACGGCCUCAGUCGGCCCAGUGCUGGCACCCGAGAGCGUCUCGAGGAAUCGCCAGAGCAAGCCGCCGUCCGCCUCGACCGCAUGCGCGGCGCCGUGCGCACCCUUCUCGAAUGCGUAGGCGAGGACCCCGACCGCGAAGGCAUCCUCGACACCCCCGAGCGCUACGCCAAGGCCAUGCUCUUCUUCACCAAGGGAUACCAGGAGAAUGUCCAGGAUAUCGUCAACAACGCCCUCUUCAACGAGGGCCACAACGAAAUGGUCAUCGUGAAGGAUAUCGAGCUCCACUCGCUGUGCGAGCACCACCUGGUGCCCUUCUUCGGCAAGAUGCACAUUGGGUACAUCCCCUCCAAGACGGUCAUUGGGCUCUCCAAACUUCCCCGGAUAGCAGAGAUGUUCGCCCGCCGCCUGCAAGUCCAGGAGCGCCUGACCAAAGAGGUCGCCAAUGCGAUCAUGGAGAUUUGUCGGCCCCAGGGCGUCGCCGUCGUCAUGGAAGCGUCGCAUCAAUGUAUGGUCAUGCGAGGUGUCGAGAAGACCGGCACGUCGACCAUCACCUCCUGCGUGCUGGGCGCCUUUGAGAAGAAGAGCAAGACAAGAAACGAGUUCCUGAGCCUGAUCGGCGUGAGCGGUGGUAGACGACUAUGA